UUCGGGGAACUAGUUUGCUACAAGAAAAAGGAAAUCUAAAACAACUGGAAUUGAGAUUGGAAGCCCUAGAACUUUUUGGUAAACUUCUAAUUUACCUCUACCUCUCUAUCAGAUAAAAAUCUGUUGAGUCUCUCCCAUGUUCUAUUCAUAAUUUUUCUGUUUUUCUUUUUUAUUCCUUAUUCUGCGAUCAAGUGAAUGGAAUCUGUAAACGAAUGUUUGAAGCAACUUGAGUAUCUUUCCCUAGUUUCAAAGGGUUUGAAGCUGUGGAAGAAGACCAAAUUGUUUCACCUCACCGUCCAUUGAAGAGAAUGAGAUCCCCAGAAAUAUGGGAAGCAAGACAAUUAAGGGCAUCAGGAGUUUUACCUGCUAGAGAUUUACCUGUGUAUGAUGAAGAUGGGAAUGGUGCCACGGAAGAGCUUGCGAUUGAGCUGAAUGAAGAUGGACCGGCAUUUUUGAAAGGGCAGAUUCCCUACUCUAUUGACAUGUCACCUAUCAAGAUAUCUAAGAAUCCUGAAGGGUCUAUAAGUCGUAUGGCAUGUGUUCAGUCUGCUCUCAUGAAAGAGCGUAGAGAGGUAUUGGAACAGCAGCGGCAAGUAAAGCUUGGUUCAAUCCCGAAAAAUCAUAAUCAUCUGUGGGAAGACCCAUUGGCCAAAAGAGGUGAGAGGCAUCUUGCACAGAAGGGAGUUAGGUUGACGGCUUAUGAUGUGCCUGAAUGGAAGAAGGAGGCUUGUGGGAAAGCCUUAAAUUCUAGAGUAAGAUCAAAACUCUCUAUCCAGGAACAGAGGCAGAGCCUUCCAGUGUACAAAUUGAAGAAAGAGUUGAUUCAGGCGGUUCAUGAUAACCAGGUGAUGGUUGUUAUUGGAGAGACAGGUUCAGGAAAGACGACACAAAUGACACAUUAUUUGGCAGAAGCUGGUUACACAUCCAGGGGUAUAAUUGGCUGCACUCAACCUCGAAGAGUUGCGGCUAUUUCAGUUGCAAGGAGAGUCGCCGAAGAAUUUGGAUGUCGUUUGGGUGAAGAAGUAGGUUACGCCAUUCGCUUUGAAGAUCGCACUGGAUCUGACACUGUAAUCAAGUAUAUGACUGAUGGUACACUUCUUAGGGAGAUUAUGGUUGCUGAAAAUCUUUCACAGUACUCUGUAAUCAUGCUUGAUGAAGCUCAUGAGAGGACAAUCCACACUGAUGUGCUUUUUGGUUUACUCAAGCAACUCACAAAGCGGAGACCUGACCUUCGGUUGAUUGUAACAUCUGCAACUUUAGAAGCGGAAAAAUUCUCUGAAUAUUUCUUCAACUGUCAAAUUCUCACUAUUCCUGGGAGAGAGCACGAAGUUGAGGUCUUGUACGCGAAACAACCAGAAACUGAUUAUCUUGAUGCUGCACUGAUUACUGUCAUGCAGGUUCACCUGACAAAACCCGAGGGUGACAUUCUUUUGUUCUUAACUGGUCAAGAAGAAAUCGACCUUGCUUGUCAGAUUCUUUACGAAAGAAUGAAAGCACUUGGAAAUGGUGUACCCGAGUUAAUUAUUCUGCCUGUUUACAGAGCUCUCCCUAGUGAAGUGCAGUCAAGGAUAUUUGAUCCUGCUCCUCCAGGAAAGAGGAAGUUGGUGGUGGCUACAAAUAUUGCAGAGGCAUCCUUGACUAUUGACGGCAUAUUUUAUGUUAUUGACCCAGGGUUCGCAAAACAGAAUGUGUAUGACCCGAAACAAGGACUAGAUUCGCUGGUAGUCUCUCCUAUCUCUCAAGCAUCGGCCAAGCAACGAACUGGGCGAGCCGGACGUACUGGACCUGGCAUAUGUUAUCGCCUUUAUACCGAGCUUGCUUACCGUAAUGAGAUGUCACCUACUUCCAUUCCAGAAAUUCAGAGGAUUAACCUUGCUUCCACUGCACUUCAAUUGAAUGCUAUGGGGAUAAAUGAUCUACUAUCUUUUGACUUUAUGGAUCCCCCUUCACCCAAGGCUCUAAUAUCUGCUAUGGAACAACUUUAUAGUGUAGGAGCUCUGGACGCAGAGGGUCAUCUGACCAAAUUGGGUAGCAAAAUGGCUGAAUUUCCACUGGAUCCUCCACUAUCUAAAAUGCUGCUCGCAGGUGUCUAUCUUGGAUGUUGUGAUGAGAUUUUAACUAUCAUAUCAAUGAUUCAGGCUGGAAACAUCUUUUACAGGCCGAAAGAGAAGCAAGAAGAAGCAGAUCAGAAAAGGGCAAAGUUUGUACACCCCGAGGGAGAUCAUCUUACUCUACUUGCUGUGUAUGAAGCAUGGAAGGCUAAUAAUUUUUCAACACCAUGGUGCUUUGAAAAUUUUAUCCAGUCUAGAUCUUUGAGGAGGGCACAGGAUGUUCGGAGACAACUCAUCACCAUUUUGGACAGAUAUAACUUGGUUAUUGGUUCUGCUGGAAAGAAUUUCACAAAGAUAAGGAAAGCAAUUGCAGCCGGAUUCUUCUUUCAUGCAGCUAAAAUGGAUCCACAGGAAGGGGGGUAUAGAACCAUACUUGAGAACCAGCCAGUCUAUAUUCAUCCGAGUAGUGCUCUUUUCCAACGUCAACCGAAUUGGGUGAUUUAUCACGAGCUUGUAAUGACCACGAAGGAGUACAUGCGUGAGAUUACUGUUAUCGACCCAAAAUGGCUAAUUGAGUUUGCACCAAGGUCCUUUAAAGCUACUGAUACCUCGAAAAUGUCCAAGCAAAAGCGGAAAGAAAGAAUUAUGCCAUUAUAUCACGAGCCAGAUUCACGGCGUUUGAGAAAGCGGCGGGCAUGAUCACUUUUUCCUUUUGGAAUGUACAAAUCCUCUCCGUACACUGACAUCACAUCACCACUGUCAAAAUGCUGUCAUCAUUUUAUAGAAAAGAUUUCUCUCUAUAUAUACAAAGUAUUCCUGAAGAAAAAACUAACAGCCUUUACAGCACAGGCAGUGAUUCCUUUUCUUUGAUGCUAAUGGAGGUGCUAACUUAUAAGGUUGCCUUUUUCUACCUAUUGAAGGUUGCACUAUAUUAUAUUGGAAAAAGAGGAUCUAUUGUGGAUGUCGCAGAGGAAAAAAGAAUCAAGUAACGUCUUAUUCCAAGUACUACACUUGGUAUUAGCUGUCAUUUUGUGGGAUUUGUAAUUUUUUUAAAUGCUCACACAUUGGCUUGCAUUUCCUGGCUUUCCAGGUGUGCAAAAGAGAUACUCAAGAAAGAAAUGCUUUCCAGACUAGGAAAGCUUUCUAUUUCGUGUAUGUUCUGUUAACAACCGUUUCUUGAAGCAUUACUUGAGAGAGCUUGUAGUAACGCUGUAUCAAGUAUGGGUAUGUGGGCCUGAUGAGGAUUAUACUCGGAACUCCCCGUGUAUAUAUUUGGAUCGUUAAAGGAUUGAUUAUUUUUAGAAAGAGAGCGUCAUUUUUUUGUGUGGCCGACUCAUAGUUUGACUCGGAGCCUUUCGAUCUACGUCAUUUGAAACUGGAGUUCCUGAUUACGCAAGCGUCAGAUCCGGAUCUCGUCGAGCCCGCAAGAACCCAAUGGUCCGAUACGCAGACACGCCACGUAGCAUAAAUGAAGGGGGUGUUUCCUUUCUUUCUUUUUGGUCUCAAAAAUUCUACUUACAGGGUUUCGAAGAAUUUAUUAAUCGGUUGCAUUGUAUGGAACCAGAAAUGUGGCAAUUGUCUGCAGUUUCAGUACACCCCUUGGCUGCAACCCCAUCAACCGAUAACCAAAUCAUAAGUGUGCCACAUACGAGGGAGCACGUGCAGUAUGAAAACCGAAUUUACUUGAACUUAAAACAUAACGAGGAGUUAUAAAGUAUAUUGGUGGCUGGAUUUGGAACGGCUUCAAUUCCAAGGAAGAAACUUCGACUGGAAAACACAUUUUACUUGCAUGUCUGAGAGGAGCAAAUACAAAUUGCUGGAUCAAUGUAUAGCAUAAAAUUAGCAGAUACAUAACAGAUGAAGAAGGAUGAUAUACUGUUGUUCUGCAUAAGAAUGAAAGUCUCCACCAAAAAUAAGAUUUUCAUUCAUUCGAUCAA